UUCCGUAUAUUAAAAUUAUGAGUUCAAAUCUACGAAUUUGUUACAAUGUUAAUAGAUUUUUACACAUAAAUUUUGCAUCUAAAAUUAUGAAUUUUGUUGAACCAAAUGAUCGAAAGCUAAAUUCGGUUCUAGUUAUAAACAAACAUGCUACCAGGCAGAUGCAUCACCUAGGUAUCGAGUUCAUCCGACCUCCUAAUAUUUUUUAUGCGAACCAUAAUUAUAUAUGUAAAAGUUCUUUAGAAAUUUUAAUAAAUAAUAGAUCCAAACCUAUAAUUUUAAAAUGACAAUGCCUUGUGUUACAAUUUUAAAGUUAAACACAUUAAGUGGCGUUUUACAUACGAAAUUUCAAAAAAAGUGAAAAAAAAAAUUCAAGUAAAAAUUAGAGUUGUGUUUGGACAUGAAUAUAAUUUUGGGUUGUUUGAAUUUUAUAAGUGAUCCGAGUAAAAGUUUUGAAAAAUAUCUUUUAGGAGUUUCUCAAAUUUUCGAAAAAUUUUAAAAUUCAUUUUCUAGUGAAAACUAAAAAAUUUAUGGCUAAACACUAAUUUCGAAAAAAAUUCUUAUGUUCAAACGGGCUCUUCAAGUAAAGCUUCCAUCACUUCACUCUUCAGGUGAAACAGUGCCCCUUGGAUUCUCCAAAAAUAACAAGAUUACCACUAGUCCACUACCUGUGCACUUAGCGUAAGCAACAAAGUAUCAAAUUGCCCUUAAAUCUGUCCUAAAUCUCAAUAUUGUCAGCACCACCUCUGUGAAAAUGAAGAACCAAACGCCCAUCUAUCCCUUCCAUGUAAUUAUACUCUUAUCGAUGCCUUUUUAUGUCUUUUCACUCCGAAUUGGACCCCACUCCACUGACUCGUGCAACCGUCCGCCGGCGGACCAACGAACAUUACAAACCGACCAAAUGACGGUACUAAUCAACGGCUACUCCGAGCACCGUAUUCCACUUCUCACUUCAAUCGCCGCCACUUACGCCGCCACAUCCUCCGUCGCCGCCGUCAUCAUCCUCUGGAGCAAUCCCUUAACUCCUUCACAAACCCUAACAUCACUCUCCCAAAACCUCUCGUCCAUAUCCGCCGCCGCCCCAAUCACCAUCCUCCGUCAGCCCUCCUCCAGUCUCAACCUCCGAUUCCACCCUCAAAAAACCAUCACCACGCGCGCCGUACUCAUCUGCGAUGACGACAUCGAACCCGACGCGGAAUCAAUAAACUUCGCUUUCCAAAUCUGGAGAUCCGACCCGGAUCGACUAAUCGGGUUCUUCGUCAGAUCCCACAACUACGACCUUACCCAAAAAUCAUGGAUCUACACAAUGGAAAGUAGCAAAUACUCCAUCGUGUUAACAAAAUUCAUGAUUUUAAAAGCACGAUACCUCCACAAAUACACAUGCAGUAAAGAAUACGAAAAGUUGAGGGCAAAAGUAGAAGAAAAGAAUAAUUGCGAGGAUAUUUUAAUGAAUUUUGUGGUAGCGGAGGAGGUAAAAAAGGGGCCGAUUUUAGUGAGAGCGAAGAAAGUGAGGGAUUGGGGAGAUGCAAGAAAUGAAGGUGGAGAAAUGGAGGAAAGAGAUGUGGGGUUGAGUAGUAGGAAAAGGGAGCAUAGAAAGAGAAGAGGAGAAUGUAUUGGUGAAUUCCAUAGGCUAUUGGGGAAGAUGCCGUUGAGGUAUGGAUAUGGGAAGGUUGUUGAUUCUGUUGGAGAACAAGGGCUAUGUGAGAAAGGUGGCAAGUUAGUAUAUUGUGAUAGGCAAUUUUUUUAAUACUUUAGAAAUUAAAGCUGAUUCCAAGUUUCAAUUUCCAUAUAUGUUUUCGUUAUUGCUUUUUCUAUAAUUAAAAGUCACGUUUGUACGCACAACUAGGACCGAAAACCAAAAAAAUUGUUAAAUGAUUACGAAAUUUGAACCAAACCAAUAUAAAUACGGAAAUAUAUUUCCUCCAUUUCAA